AUGGCCGCUCUGUCUGCCGCGCCGGCGACCGCCAACACCAUCACGCCUCCUAGCAGCAGUCACGGCAAUGGCAACCAGAGUGCGUGGAAUACUUACGCGAGGGGUGAUGCGGAGAACCUGCAGAAAAAGUCUCUCGACACGACCGAUCAGACGAACCGAACACCCCUGGCACAGAACGGCAACUCGGCCAACAUUCUCGAAUACGGCUUCGAGCCCCUGCCACCCCCAAGGAAAAAGGCAUCCAAUGACAACAUUUCCCUGACCAAGAGCAACAGGUCCUGGGACAGGACAAACCGUCGUGACGACACAUCCAAGUCUGGACUAACCCCCGCCGACGACGUGUUUGGGACCAAGAGCGGAGUGGCCGAGAAGCGAUCCACCAACGAACUGGCGGGUCCCACCGACGACGACAAAUGGAUUCACCGGGAUAAGCUUGCCAAGAUUGAGAGUCAGGAGCUCCAGGCGGCCGGUAUCAUCUUGCCCAAGAUGCGUUCGAGCAGCAAACCCCCCCGCAGGGGUCGAAGCGAGGAGAAGCUCAAUGGGAGCUCCAGGAGGACCACGUCCGCCGCCCCGGACGAUGAAAUUCCACUCCCGAGAUCGAGGAAGAGCUCCGUAUCGCCUGAGUCCAGAGUGCCCGACGACAAGAUGCCCGAGGAGGUGCCUAGCUGGGAUCUGCGGCGGCCUGAAGAAAUCGAAAGCGACGAGCCCUAUUGGGUAUCUGCCGCCGACAAGAAAAGCGGCUCCAAAAUUCCCGUCGCCAAGGCGAGCCCGGCCCCCAUCCCCGAGUUCUACCUGGAGAGGAACGCGCCUUCGGGACGGAGACGCAGCGGUGGUAGCGAACUCGAGACGAUAGCCUACCCCAAACCGCGCCCGAGAAGCGGCAGCGCCAACACGCUCGGCGCCAGCUCUACCCUGCAGCCGGCGAAGCGCAGCGUGACUGAUGUGUCUCCCCGGAAAGGCAGCGGCGGAACCUCGGCCACUGGCAGGAAGCCGUCAGCACAGGUCAAGGCUGGUGGGAAGAACAAGACACGCGGUGGCAAGGACUCGACGGGCAGUGCGUCCGGAAACCGAUCGAGGCCUGGCGAGAUCUCGCCCGGUAACAAGAGACCGGAGGGUGAUCCACCAUGGAUGAUUGGAUCCUAUCGCCCUGAUCCACGUCUUCCUCCCGAAGAACAGCUGCUCCCUACCGUCGCCAAGCGUCUGCAACAGGAACAAUGGGAAAGGGAGGGCAAGUAUGGCAGCGUCUACGACAGGGAGUUCCGUCCCCUCACCGCCGACGGCCUGCUCAAACCGCCCGAAGCCGGAUCAAGCACCGCGCCUGCCGAUGAAGAGACGCAGGAGCAAGAUGAGUGGCCCCUCAAGGGAGAAGCGCCCAAGAGCCCCACGUCGCCAAGCAUCAAGCAGAGCAACUCAUACUCGACCAUGCCCAAGAUCUCGGACAAGCCAACGACCAGUCCCUUACCGAGCCCUCGCGGUCCUACGAGCCCGAUGAUGUCGCCCCAGAUGCCCGCCGAAACCCGGACCGUCACUCGUGUACCCGAUCAGUCUUCUGCUGCUGACAUGCCCAUGGGCGGCGAAAAGAAGAAGAAGAGUGAAGGCUGCGGCUGCUGCAUUGUCAUGUGA